AUGAGCAAACCAGUAAAUGUAUAUUCUGCCUCUGAAGUGAGCAAGACUCUAGAUGAGGCCCUACCUUCCAUUUUUGAGAGACUAAACUAUACUGAAUCAUUUAAACUGACAGACACUAAAUUAUAUAUUGGUUAUUCCAUCGUCGUCGUUUCUGCUGUCAGUUUCUUAUUGGAUAAGCAAUUGGGUCAUAGAAAUGUUAUUCCUUAUCAGCAAGGGUUAGUCGCUGCAUAUAUUAUAUUAUCUUCCCUGUUCUGGUAUUUCAAGAAGUAUGUGGAAAAAUCAAUCACAUACGUGGGUAAUGAAAAGAAAACAGAUGAUAAGAUAAGCAUAUGUACCAGAUACGAGGAAUGUGAACCUAAGUAUUUUGUUACUUUUGUCAAGAAUGAUGAAGAAAGUAGCAAGCUAGAAGUAGUUCUGGAGACUACGAAAGUUUUCAACGAAGCUGGAUAUUUGCAAACUGAUUUGCUUUAUAACUGGUUUAGUGAACAGUUGAAAAUCAUUUCACUUAAAAAGAAAGAAUAG